GCUGGCACUCUCAUCUCUGUCUGACCAGAAGGCAGUAGGCAGCAGCAGUGACUGGCUUUGUAAACACAACGUGCUGCGCUGCUUUGUUUCGGAACCGCCACCAUUCUGGGUCUAUCUCUAGCCAUGCCAUGGAUAUUUUGUGGCAAUAUCAAUUCAGGAUCAUUUUGCUAGGAGACUCAACGGUAGGGAAAUCAUCUUUGCUGAAGCGGUUUACAGAUGGAAUUUACAGCGAUGUAGCGGAUCCAACGGUCGGUGUUGAUUUUUAUGCCCGUUCGCUAGACAUCGAGCCAGGGAUUAAAAUCAAGCUUCAACUGUGGGACACGGCUGGACAGGAACGAUUUAGGUCCAUCACCACUUCCUACUACCGUAACUCAGUGGGCGGGCUCCUCGUGUUUGACCUGACCAAUCACAAGACCUUCGACCACGUGAGGGAGUGGCACAAGGAAGUGAGCGAGCACAUCCUGCCGCACAACAUGGUCUACAUCCUGAUUGGCCACAAAAGCGACCUUAACAAGGACCGGAAGGUGACGCAGGAUGAGGCUGAGCAGCUGGCGGCGGAGAUGGGGAUACGCUAUGUGGAGACGUCGGCUAAGUGCAACAGCAACGUGGACCGGGCCUUCCAGCUGCUCAGCAGGGACAUCUAUGAGCUGAUGAAGAUGGGGCAGAUCACCACGAGGGACGGAUGGGAUGGGGUGAAGAGUGGCCUCACUACCAGGGUCCUGUACCCGGGCGAUGAGGACAUUGAGCUGGAGCCGAGGGAGAAGAGUUGCAACUGCUGAGAGACUGACCCUCGAUCCCUGACCUCUGACCUCAUCAUGUUCAUGUUGUUCAUCAAUGUUCAUUACGCACCAAAUGGAAGAAAACGGAUUGGAACAGAGAGGGACUACCUGGAAUUGUCCAAAAAGAAACGCAAAUGUAUCUUUUUUGUUGCGAAUCGUUCUAGAACGUGUUCCGAUGCGUUCCCUAAUAAACACGACUCAUGUCUCCACUGUUGUUCCCCCUCUCUUAUCUCCACAAGUAUCUCACAUCAUCUCACAGUUUAGUCAGUUUCCCAUUGAAACUAAGCCAUGGUCUAAAGUAAGGCCCUUGUCCUGUCACGUGUGCACGUGUCACCAUAUGCCUAGUGUAGCUAGCCUGCCUUUCCUCUCUGUAUCAGUUCCUCCAGAGGUCAGGAUGGGGCUGUUUUCUGAUGGGAUUGUGGGAUACACAUCCUGUAGUACACAUCUUGAUGUGACAAAAGCUUCUCUACAAACACAAAAGUCUGAGUCUUUAGGCCAAACACCAGAGUAAAUCCUUGCAGUGGAAUAGCAUCAUACAUGUACAUGCUAAACCUACACAGAUUAACAUCACAUGGGUAGCUUUGUGCCCAGUUAGGUAAGGCAUUUACAGAGGCUGCAUUUACAGAGGCAGCCCAAUCCUGAUAUUUUGCCCAAUUAUAGUUCUUUUGACCAUUGAGAAGAGGCCUUUUGACAAUAGUUGGGCAAAAUAUCCGAUUUGGCCUGCUUGUGUAAACGCAGCCAGAGACACCUGAGUGACAGCGAUCAGGCAUUGGGGUAUUCCAGUACGUGUUAUAUUCCUUCCUGGCAGCAUCCUUUUCCUUCCUGGAUGCCCUUUGCUGCUACAUGAGUUAUUGGAUUCUUAAGCAGGCAAGGUCUUGACUGGUGGACAAUGCAUUAUUGUGAUCUGGCAUCACUCCCAUUACAUUGUUGUGGGUUGACUCCUGUCUCCUGUGUGUGUGUGUGUGUGUGUGUGUGUGUGUGUGUUUGCAUGUGUGUGCUGUUGCUCUGUCCCCUGUACAUCAUGUCCGGUAUGGUCAGUGGUAUAAAAAGUAUCCAAUCAUCAUACUUGAGUAAAAGUAAAAAUAUCUUAAUAGAAAAUGACUCAAGUAAAAGUGAAAGUCACCCAGUAAAAUACAACUUGAGUAAAAGUCUAAAAGUAUUUUGUUUUAAACAUACUUAAGUAUCGAAAGUAAAUGUAAUUGCAAAAAUAUACUUAAGUAUCAAAAGUAAAAGUGAAACUAUUCAGAAUUUCAAAUUGCUUAUAUUAAGCAAACCAGGUGGCACACGACAGCACGCAGACAUACUUUACAAACAAAGAAUUUAUGUUUAGUGACCAGGGAUGUUCUCUUAAUAAGUGUGUGAAUUGGACCAUUUUCCUGUCCUGCUAAGCAUUCAAAAUGUAACCAGUACUUUUGGGUAUCAGGAAAAUGUAUGGACUAAAAAAGUACAUUAUUUUCUUUAGGAAUGUAGUAAAGUAAAAGUAGUCAAAAAUAUAAAUAGUAAAGUAAAGUACAGAUCUCCUCCCCCAAAAAACUACUUAAGUAGUACUUUAAAGUAUUUUUACUUAAGUACUUUACAUUACCCCACUGGGUAUGGUUAAUUCUGGUUUUAAAAGGUCACUGAUAAUAGGCAGGGAGAAUAAACUAUACUCUAUAUAUGUGUCACCACCACCACCCCUCCUCUGUUCAUAUGGUCCUGUAGACUGCUAAUCUAUGUAAUUGCACACAAACCAAAUCUUGUUCAUGUUGCAUCAUGUUGUGAUCUUCCUACAUCAGAGCAGAUGUUUUCUAUUUUUUAUUUUUUACAUAUCUAUCAUUUGUAGAACAUCGCUGAAGCCACAAACCCUUUUAAUGGUCAUUGCAUUUGUAUAUGGCAUAUUAAAAAACAAAAACAAACCUUCCAAGGUGGGCCUUCAAGGGGGAAAACCACCCCAAACAACAUUCCUUUAACUGGAAAGAGGUACUGGCUGAUGCCGAUUCUUUAAGACUUUAAGACGGCCCAAAUUGAUUAAAUGUGGGGCUUUUGUGACCGUAAUACUAAUUUAAGGGUUUAUUGGCUUUUUACAGGGUUUCCCAAACUCGGUCCUCAGACCCCAAGGGGUGCACGGUUUGGUUUUUACCCUAACAAUACACAGCUGAUUCAAAUGAUCAAAGCUUGAUUAUUAGUUGAUUAUUUGAAUCAGCUGUGUAGUUCUAGGGUAAAAGCCAAAGCGUGCACCCCUUGGGCUCCCGAAUACUGAGUUUGGGAAACUCUGUGUUAUUACAUUGUCUGAUUUAGAACAUGACAUUUCAGACCCUAAUGGCCUCCAUGCUCCAUCAGAAUGGUUCCAAUAUCAAGACAGACAUAAUCUUGCCAUGCCUAUAGGCCCUUUCGGUCUGCAGAGAGGCUCAGGAAGAUAACUCUCUAGUUUCCCUAGACUACUACCUCUAUACUGCAAACCUAAGUGCAGAUAACAUUUGACCUGAGACUUGGCUGUAGACUGGUGUUACCAUGGCUCAGGGUCUAGAUAACAGCUCACUUUGCCUGGUCCCUCCUCCCUUCCUUCCCCUCAGCUCACCUUGUCCACCUCCACACCCUGCACACACAGUAGAUGGCAGGAGAGACAUUGUGCAUUCAGCAAAUGUGACUUUCUGUGAUAUUGUGUUCUAUGUUGGUUUUGUGUCCAGUGGUUAUUGGGCAAGGCACAGGAGCAUAUGGGCAGUAUCAUGGUCAUGCGACUUGACUUGUUGAAAGGAAUGUCUAAGUAACUCAUCUUUUGGGAGUUUUUUCACACAUACUGGUAAACACCUUGCAAAGCCUCAGCAUACAAUUUCUUGACAAAAAAUAUGUCUUGCCUCUUGCUUUACAAAGUCUGAUGCAAACGUAGUUUAGCUGUUCCCGUAUAUCCCACACUCAUAAAUGUUUACCCUGUUUAUAGUUAUGUUGUGGUCAAUUUUUAAGCUCUACUGACCAUUCACAGACUGAUUAAACCUCUGUUAUCACAGGUCAUAGCCCCGUUACAACAUGUCUAAUUUCUUUCAAAGUUAAAUCAGUUGGCUAACCAAUACUUAUGACAAUCAGAUGUCUGUAUUGAUCCAUGUUCUUGUUACGGUAAAAAAGGACACAUCCACAAAGAGAAGGCAAUAGGCAAUGCCUAGGGAUGGGAGACAUACCCUUUAAAUGAACUAAAACAGUCUUGCCUGGGAAUGUAUAGAAAUGGAGAAUGAUCUUUUUCAGACAUGGUUUCAGAGGGAUGAUAAUGUAGGCCGCUGUCUGUUGGGUCAUCACAAUUCAACUCCUUUUGAAAAGCAGAACAUAUUUUCAUUCUAAGCCACAAAGGGAGUUAGAGACAAACCAUGUUCCUUACUGUAUGUAGUGCUGCCUUUUUUCAGCUUGCUGUGUCAUUUCUAACAGGGUUUAUUUUGUACAGCUGUAUUUUUUAUGCUUAUAAUAAUGAUAAAAAUGUGCUGUGAUAUAGCUGCUUGUCAUUGAAUGCAACCUAUUCCUGAGCACUGACUUUGAUACGGAUUCUUAUUGACUGUAUUGUUACAUCAGACAACAGGAAUUAGGAAGCUGUGGUGCUGAUGAUGCCCGACGAUGGUCUAUAAGCAAGGUGUAUCUAGAGAAAGGCCCCUGUCACUGAGAUGGAGCACCAGCUAUAUUCAACAGCCUAUUCAGGCUAAAUUGACCUGAAAGGAGAGAUUGAGCUUGGAUCUUGACACGUUGCCAGUAGAACUACAAAUGUUUAGAUUUUAGAGCAGAAAAUUGAAAAUAAUUGAUGCUUUAGAAAGUGUUCAGUUGAUUAUAAAUGGUGGCCAUUUUCAUUGUGAUUAUAGUUAUAUUAUAAUAGUGUAAUCUGAAUACCAAUUGACAAAACAAUCUAAUUAAAUCUGUAGUAUCCAACAGGUCCUUGAAAGUACAACAACAUAUGACAUAUCACUAAUGCAUUUUACUUGCAAAUUCUCUUUUUGGGCAGUCUUACAACUAGACACAGCAGCACAGUUGAUACUUCUAUUUUGCCUCUGACUGAGUCCAAUCACAGAUCACAGCUUGACAAAAUAAAUGUUAUUUAUUUUCUAUUCUAAAUGUUCUGUGCAAGGUACUCACUCUACUGUUAAAGGGUAUUCAAUCAAUAAAAAAUAUUAUGUCCA